GUCAGUACGUGCUUGAGCCUGCCCGAAAAUGUUCUCUCGUGUUGUUGGAUUUCGAGGGAGCGCAGGACUUUGCGAUGAAAUAAUACAUUUUAAACCGUGAGGAAAACAAAAAACGAACCGCAUGUUUUUAAACUGAAGUUCUUCGCGUUCCCAUUAAGUGGUGAAACUGGUGUUUUUUUUUUUUUUGGAGGGAGGGGGGGGACUCCAAAGGGAAGUUUGUGUGAUCGUUUUCUCCCGGAGUGAUGUCGAAUCCUGGGACUCGGCGGAACGGGUCCAGCAUCAAAAUCCGACUGACAGUAUUAUGUGCCAAAAACCUCGCAAAGAAAGACUUCUUUCGCCUUCCGGAUCCUUUUGCCAAGGUUGUUGUGGACGGAUCAGGUCAAUGCCACUCUACAGACACAGUCAAGAGCACACUGGACCCCAAAUGGAAUCAGCACUACGACCUUUACAUUGGAAAGACAGACUCCAUCACCAUCAGUAUAUGGAACCACAAGAAGAUCCAUAAACGACAGGGGGCGGGCUUCCUGGGCUGUAUAAGACUUCUUUCAAAUGCCAUCAGCAGGCUAAAAGACACAGGAUACCAGCGUCUCGAUUUAUGUAAACUGAACCCCUCGGACAGUGAUGCAGUCCGGGGGCAGAUUGUCGUGAGCUUACAAACACGAGACCGCAUCGGUAGUGGAGGCCCUGUGGUGGACUGUAGAGGACUGUUGGAAAAUGAUGGGCCUGUGUUCGAGGGAUGCUUCAGUGAAGAGCCGCUGCCCUACUCAGACCCCACCGGUGCAGCGGGGGGUGGGAACUGUCGUCUUGACUCGCCCAGUCAGGAGAACCGUCUUCAAACACAGCGAAUCAGAGGGCAGGAUUCGCGAGGCCAUGGGCACACACCCCAGAACAGACCCCAUGGGCACCAGCCGCCUGACCUACCAGAGGGAUACGAGCAGAGAACAACAGUACAGGGCCAGGUCUACUUUCUUCACACACAGACGGGUGUCAGCACCUGGCACGACCCCCGGAUACCACGGGAUCUGACCAGCGUGAGCUGCGAAGAGCUUGGGCCGCUGCCAGUUGGCUGGGAGGUCCGAAGCACCGUGUCUGGCCGGAUCUACUUUGUGGAUCACAACAACCGGACCACUCAGUUCACAGACCCGCGUCUACACACUAUUAUCAGCCAGCAAUCCCAAGCAAAGGAUUCCUCUCAAGCCCCCCAGAUGGAAGUGGGGGGCGAAGAGGUGGGAGGUGGAGGAGUUGGCGGCGUCGGAGGAGUUGGAGGAGGAGGGGGCGAAGGAGACGUAGCAGCGCGAUACGAGAGAGACCUGGUCCAUAAGCUAAAGCUGCUCCGACACGAGCUGUCCCUGCAGCAGCCUCAGGCAGGACACUGUCGCAUCGAGGUGUCCCGAGAGGAGAUCUUUGAGGAGUCAUAUCGGCAAAUAAUGAAGAUGAGGCCAAAAGACCUGAAGAAGCGUCUGAUGGUGAAGUUCAGAGGAGAGGAGGGUCUGGACUACGGUGGAGUGGCCAGGGAGUGGCUGUACCUGCUGUGUCAUGAAAUGUUGAACCCUUAUUACGGCCUGUUCCAGUACUCCACAGACAAUAUCUACACACUACAGAUCAACCCUGACUCCUCCAUUAACCCUGACCACCUGUCAUAUUUCCACUUUGUGGGACGAGUUAUGGGCCUGGCAGUUUUUCAUGGUCACUACAUCAACGGGAGCUUCACUCUGCCCUUUUACAAACAGCUACUCGGAAAACCCAUCCAGCUCAACGACCUAGAGACCACCGACCCCGAGCUGCACAAGAGCCUCGUCUGGAUACUAGAGAACGACAUCACUUCAGUCCUUGACCACACAUUCUGCGUGGAGCACAAUGCCUUCGGGAAGUUUUUACAGCAUGAACUCAAACCCAACGGGCGCAACAUCCCCGUCACUGAGGAGAACAAGAAAGAAUAUGUCAGACUCUAUGUGAACUGGAGGUUUAUGCGAGGAAUUGAAGCACAGUUUCUGGCUCUCCAGAAGGGAUUCAGUGAGCUCAUCCCCCAGCAUCUCCUUAAACCUUUCGACCAUAAAGAACUGGAGCUCAUCAUCGGUGGUCUGGGGAAAAUCGAUCUGGCGGACUGGAAGACGAACACCCGCCUGAAGCACUGCACGAGUGAGAGCAACGUGGUGCGGUGGUUCUGGCAGGCGGUGGAGGCCUUCAGCGAGGAGAGGAGAGGACGCCUCCUGCAGUUCGUCACCGGCUCCACCAGGGUCCCACUACAGGGGUUCAAAGCGUUGCAGGGUUCUACAGGUUCUGCAGGACCAAGACUCUUCACCAUUCAUUUGAUAGACGCCAACACAGACAACCUGCCCAAGGCUCACACGUGUUUUAACCGGAUAGACAUCCCUCCCUAUGAGACUUAUGAGAAACUUUACGAGAAACUGCUGACGGCUGUGGAGGAGACCUGCGGCUUCGCUGUGGAGUGAUGAAUCCAACAACCGGACCUACAUACACCAGUUACGCUUGCACUUGCACACAACUAUUUGACGUUUUACAUACAGUAUAUAGACAAAAAAAACAAAAAAAAAACAUCAACAGAAUAUCAAGUAUACAGAGAGUAUACGGAGCAGCCAAGCAUCACAAGGACCCACAAAAAGCCCCUCGCCACCUCUUCACCGCUGAACUGUGGGGGGUUACAGGAGGAAGCACAGCAGGAGGGGGAAAAUACAAAAAAAAAAAAAAAAAAAGACAGGAAAAAAAAUAAAGAAUUUUGAAAUGUUUUCAGAUGUUUUGAAGAAACAUUUUUAUCCUUCAGUUUUAACAAGCUAUGAUGUCAUUCUUCAGAAUGUCUGGCCCUGGACAGAAUCAGCCAAUCACACACAAGCCCUGUGAACUUUGAAAAACAGAAACGUGUGAAGAACAAGGCGGAGAUCGAUUGUCUUUCUGUCUGACAAGCUGAUUGAUUGACGAGUAUUCAUGCAUCAUGAUUAACCACUGUUGUGUAUCAGAAUGUGUGUGCAUGUUUGUUAGGUUUCAGUAUGAAAGUGAGACUCUAUUUGUGUCUGUGUGAGAGAGUGUGUGUGUGUGUGUGUGUGUGUGCCUGAGUGCGCCCGGUUACGCUGUAAAAAUGAUCAAAUGAGCCUGCUCCUCUGUUUGGUAGCUUUUUGUCUCCUGUUUGUAUCUGCGACCACUCUGAUCCACUCUGAUAUUUUUAUUAUUUAUUACUAAGUGAUUACUGACCAAGCUGCUAUGUGCUCCACAGAGAGCCCACACUAAUCUCUUCAUCCCCUCCCUCAAAACAAUUAAAGAGGUCAAAUUCACUCAGAAAAAAUCGAGUAAUCCAAAUGAGCAUUAAUGCAUCUUUUAAACAUUUUAAACAUUCAUAUUUUUAUAGAGAAAUACUCUUGUCAGUGUAUGAAAACUGUAUGUGUUUUGGUGUUUUAAAUGCCAUUUUUGCAUUUAUUUCAUGUGAAAGGGAUUGAUCUCCCCAGCCCUAAUUUUCAAAUUCUAACUCUUCUUAAGUUAUGGAGAUGGAGAGGUCAAAAGGUUUGACCUGGUUUUUAAACAAAAUGAGCCAUGAGGAAAAGUAGAAGGAGUCACCUUCAGGAAUUUUUUUUGGUUGUAUGUGACAUGUCUAAUAAAAUCUCACAAGCCUUCAUACAUGUUUCAUCAUCCAUUUCAACAUCUUUUUUUUAUUUUUUUCAUUCUUUGUGGCCCUGAUGUUUCAUUGCCUCUCUCUCCUUUUCUCCAUAGCCUGAUUGUUAGAGAAAGUAGUCUUUGUUUUGAGACCACCAUGAAUGAACAAAAUUCUCUUUGCAGUCAUUAAUUCCUCUGUAGAAGUGAAUGAAAUCAAAGAAACAAAAAUGUGGAAGGGGUUAUGAUCUGUUUUAGAAUGAGUAUUGAAGACUGUUAACGCAGUAUCGAUUCAAUCUGCAUUUUAUAGGUUCUGAGUUCACUGUGUAAUGGAUGCAAGAGUAUUGUAACUUACUAUGUACUAAACAUUUAUGAAAAAAUACAAUGUAAAUAAGAUUAUAUUAAAAGAAAUUGAAAAUACA